GACUGGAGAAGUGGAGGGCUCCACACAUCCUCACGACAUCGACCAGGUAGCUGACCUGCAUAGUCCACUCCUCAGGAAGCGUGUUUGUGCAAGGGAACAACCGUCACCAUGCCGAAAGUUGCAGUGCCAGGUGAGUAGGUCUAGACCGAUGAUCGCAUGCGGGCCUUCGCGGAGAAAGUCUUUGCGUCCGAUGCCAAAGACGAGAAUGUCCGUGAUGAGAUCGACAUGUUUGACGUGGCUGAUGACUGUCCCAUCUUGCACGAGGAGAUGGCACUCCACCUGCAAACUGACGAGGAUCCAGAGAAACGGAAGAAGAGACUCCAGCACUGUCGUAACAUUACUGUACCUGUUGCCGGGAGUAAGGGGACACCGGCUUUGAUGGAGGUGCAGGUGGAUACCCCUCUAUACCUGGAAGUACCAGAUUUCCAGAGGGUGGCCAUCAUCGGAGACUAUGCCUCUGGGGUGACCAUGGAUGACUUUGAGCUGUCCUGCAAAGGCCUGUACCGUGCUCUGACCAUCAGGGAGAAGUACAUGAGACUGGCCUACCAGCGCUACCCUCUAACCACCUCCCAGUACCUGCGUGAGAUUGAGAGCGAGCCAUUCAAGCCUGAAGACCAGGUGCAACCAGUGUUUACAUCUCCCCCGAAGGAAGGAGAGGAUCCCUUCGACAAAAAGUGCCUCCCUGAGAACCUGGGCUAUGUAGCACGCAUGAAGGAUGGUGUCAUCCAUGUCUACAACGAUGCCGCAGCCGCCGACAACCACCAGCCCAAGGACCUGCCCGAGCCCGACUAUGAGACCUUCAUCGACGACAUGAACUUCCUCAUUGCUCUGAUUGCACAGGGCCCAACGAAGACGUACACUCACCGUCGGCUGAAGUUCCUCAUGUCCAAGUUCAACGUCCAUGAGAUGCUGAAUGAGAUGGAGGAGAUGAAGGAGCUCAAGCUGAACCCCCACAGGGAUUUCUAUAACUGCAGGAAGGUCGACACUCACAUCCACGCAGCGGCCUGCAUGAACCAGAAGCAUCUCCUUCGCUUCAUCAAGAGGUCCUACCGCGUGGACGCCGACCGCGUGGUGCACAAGCUCCAGGGCAAGGAAGUGACGAUGAAGGAACUCUUCAGUUUCCUCAAGCUGCAUCCCUACGACCUCACAGUCGACUCCCUGGAUGUGCACGCUGGCAGACAAACCUUCCAGCGUUUUGACAAGUUCAAUGCCAAGUACAAUCCCGUGGGAGCCAGUGAGCUGCGUGACCUGUACAUGAAGACAGAGAACCACAUCCACGGCGAAUACUUUGCCACCAUCAUCAAGGAAGUGGCUUCUGACCUGGAGGAUGCCAAAUAUCAGUAUGCAGAGCCUCGUCUGUCCAUUUACGGCUGCAAGAACGACGAGUGGGCCAAGCUAUCCGGCUGGUUCAACAAGCACAGAGUAUACUCUCCCAACCUCAAGUGGAUGAUCCAAAUUCCCAGAAUCUAUGAUAUCUUCAGAGGCAGAGACUUUGUGCCUCACUUUGGAAAGAUGCUGGAGAAUAUCUUCCUGCCAGUGUUCCAGGCCACCAUCAACCCACAGGACAACCCUGAGCUCAGCAUUUUCCUCAAGCAUGUGACAGGUUUUGACAGUGUGGAUGAUGAGUCUAAGCACAGCGGUCACAUGUUCUGCACCAAGAGCCCCAAGCCAGAGGAGUGGGACAUUGUUAAGAACCCCUCUUACACUUACUACAUCUACUACAUGUAUGCCAACAUCGCAGUGCUUAACCAGCUGCGCAAGCAGAGGGGAAUGAACACCUUCCAGUUCAGGCCCCACUGUGGUGAGGCUGGGGCUGUGACCCACCUGCUCGCUGCCUUCAUGACUGCUGACAACAUCUCCCAUGGUCUCAACCUCAAGAAGAGCCCAGUGCUGCAGUACCUGUACUUCCUGACCCAGAUUCCCAUUGCCAUGUCCCCACUCAGUAACAACAGUCUCUUCCUGGAGUACGCCAAGAAUCCUCUGCUUGAGUACCACAAGAAGGGCCUGGUGGUGUCUCUGUCUACAGAUGACCCCAUGCAGUUCCACUACACGAAGGAGCCCCUGAUGGAAGAGUACGCCAUUGCAGCGCAGGUGUUCAAGCUGAGCACCUGUGACAUGUGUGAAAUCUCCAAGAACAGCGUCCUGCAGAGCAGCCUCUCUGCUGAGGAGAAGACUCGUUUCUUGGGUGCUAAUUACCUGAAGGAAGGACCUGAAGGAAAUGAUAUCCGCAAAACCAACGUGGCACAGAUUCGUAUGGCCUAUCGCUACGAGACACUGUGCUAUGAGCUUAACCUCGUCAAGGAGGGUCUGAAGUCUGACUAGACACACUUAUGCACACAAACAAACACACUCUCACACACACUCACAUAGAUCUGAACAAAAACACAUUUUCAAGGGCUGGGACAUUGUCUUCUUUAAAAAGACUGUAAUGCAAUGUUUACAUAACUGUUUACUCAAUGGUUUUGAGUACAAUGUAUGUAAAAAGCUUGAUUGAAAGCAAAAGCCGCUGCAAUGAUGAUGCCCCACCCUUAAUGGCAAAGCCUUCUUAACUUGUGUUCUCUCCAUUGAAAGUAAUAAAUGUGUUUUAGCACAGUGCCAUUUAGUUAUCAAAUUAAAACAAAUCAUAUUAUUAUUUAUCUUUUUGCUACAUAGUUUUAUUGUCCUGUGCUCAUUUCGUUGAAUGUAUAGAUACGUAAAUGUAGCCUACCAUGGACGGACACGAUGUACAAGAAUGAUCUGAAACGAUUACAAGUAUUUAAAAUCAAA